UUAGCACCAUUUCAACAUCCAAAACUCAACCAAAACUCUCAAAACAAUCAACCAAAACUCUCAAACUUAAAAAGAUGAGCAAUAAUCAAUGGUCAAUUUUAAGGGGAAGUACAUAUGGAAAAAUGUACACACUUUAUUUUGAUGGAUCACAUAAUAAUCAAGAUAAGAAAGCUGGUGCUGGCUGUGUUAUAAUGGAUAGCCAAGGAGAAUUUGUUGUUGCUGCUGCCUAUAAUCUUACUCAAACUUAUCGCGAAUAUUGCGACGUUGCUAUUGUUGAGGCUGCUGCUCUUUGUAUCGGGUUGAAGUUGGCAAAAGACCGUAACCUCAACCUCAAUCUCAUUAAAGGGGAUAGUACGGAGGUCAUUGAUCGUGUCUUGGACCGUAGUCGAAGGCCAUCUAGGCCACCUUUAAGCAGGAUCAUUCAACAAAUUAUUGGACUGAUCGAUGGCCAGAAUAUCGUGAUCAUUCGUAGAGAAGCUAAUCGAGUUGCAGAUAAGUUGGCGUAUUGGGGGUGUAGCAGGCUUGAAGAAGGGGGUCGUGAGUUCUAUACCACCUAUUUUGAUCUUCCUCCUCAGGUGGCUGAGCUUAUAAGGCAAGAAAAAUCAUUCAGCAACAUAAGAGAAGAGGAGGAUGAUGGAGAGGGGAGUAGUAGCUUGGCCGAAAACAUCGGUAUGGCUGGAUCCGCGGUGGCUGGAGUAGCAAUGUUAGCAUGGGGAAUGUACAAGCUCGUGUCCGGUGAAAGCUCUUCAGAUAAAGACGAACACAAGAAUAAGGCAAAAGCACCUCAACCAAGGGAAUUUAUUAGAACCCUUGAUUAUGCAUCUAAUAAUAUGUCUCUAAAUGAUGAUUACUAUACCCUUCAUUAUAGUGGCAGUGAUAUAAAUCAGCACCAAAACGGAGGUGCAGGAUGCAUAAUUCGAAACAGAUAUGGGAAGCUUAUAAUAUCAGCAACUUACAACCUUAAUCAUCUUUACCCUGUUCAAUAUAAUAUUGCUGUAGCAGAAGCAAUAGCUUGGAGUAAAGGUUUGAAGUUGGCCGAAACCAAAAGGCUUAAACUUUUUCGCAUAAUAGGUGAUAAUAAGGAGGUCAUUGAUCGUGUUCGUGGCCAAGAAAAGAAGGCCCCUAAAGUCCCUUUGUUGAGUGAAAUCGUGGGUGAGAUUCGAGAGGCUUUGGAGAAGCAUUCAAUUAGCCCAUGGAAUCAGGUUGCACUCAUUGGAAGAGAUGAAAACAAAGUGGCUAAUGAAUUGGCAUCCUUGGGAUCUAAACUCGGGUGUUUAGGGGAAAAGAGUUAUGGUAGUGAUAACGUUCUUCCCUUUAAGUUAGACCAAUUAAUCCGUGAAGAUGAAGUAAAUAUUAGGGGAAAGAACUUACUCAUGUAACGUUCUUUAUAUAUUUGUGUCGCGUUGUGUGUUUAAGGUGUAGGGCACAUACUUGAUGCUCUGCCUUUAAAGGGUGUAUCCUAAUUGACUGAAGCUAAGAUACACUAAAGUAAUGGGGUGCUACAAAUAAAUAAUUUCUGCAUGUAUUAAGAGUUAAUUAUGAGUGAGUGUGUUAUGAACUUGCAUAUGAUUGAUAUGAAGUAAUAAAUAAAAGUUGGUUGUCUUUGCUUGAAGCCUUGAA